AUGCCUUCCACUCUGGAUUUGCUAAAGCAAAAUACUGUCGUUGUGGCCGACACAGGGGAUUUUGAGAGUAUACAAAAGUUCCUUCCAACUGAUGCCACAACAAAUCCAUCCCUCAUACUCGCGGCUUCCAAAAUGCCUAAAUAUUUGAGAAUUAUUGAAGAAGCAGUUCAGAUAGCCAGGAAGAAGUCGAGUUCUCUGGAAGAGCAAAUUGAAAUUGCAUGCGACUACACUUUUGUAUUGUUUGGUGAAGAAAUAUUAAAAAUUAUUCCUGGGCGUGUGUCUACGGAGGUUGACGCCAGGCUCUCUUUUAAUAAAGAUAAGCAAGUCGAGAGGGCUCUUAGGUUGAUCGCUCUCUACGCCGAGAAAGGAAUACCUAAAGAACGCAUACUCAUUAAAUUAAGUUCAACAUGGGAAGGCAUACAGGCAGCCAAGGAACUUGAGUCGAAACAUGGCGUGCACUGCAACCUUACUCUUCUCUUCUCCUUCGCUCAGGCCGUUGCAUGUGCGGAGGCUAAUGUGACGCUCAUCUCCCCAUUUGUUGGUCGCAUUUAUGACUGGUAUGUAGCGAAAAAAGGUCAAACGGAGUUCACUAGACUCAAUGACCCAGGUGUCCUCUCAGUGACACAAAUUUACAACUACUACAAGAAGUUUGGUUACAAAACCGAGAUUAUGGGUGCCUCUUUCCGCAAUGUGGAUCAGAUACUUGGUCUUGUUGGUUGCGAUCUCUUGACUAUCUCACCUAGCCUUCUUCAAUCCCUUGCGUCCAUGGACGAAGAGGUUAUCGUGGCCCUCGACGCUAAAUUAGCUUCCUCGCGAUGCAAAUACGAGUCUCCUUUACACUUAAAUGAGGCUGCUUUCCGUUGGUCCAUGAAUGAGGAUGAGAUGGCUAGCGAUAAACUUUCUGAAGGCAUUCGCCGAUUUGCUGCGGACUCGCGGACUUUGGAAGGUCUACUGAGAGCACGUCUCACUGGUUGA